GAAAAUGGUAAUGAAACAGCAAUGUUUGAUUUAGUAAAAUGUUAUAAUAAUGGAGAAGGGACAAAGAAGAAUUUGGAAAAAGCUUUUUAUUGGUAUCAAAAAGUAGCAGAAAAUGAUAAAGUAGAUCCUAAAAAUGAUGUUGAAUUAUGUAAUGAAUGCAAGCAACCAUAUACUGAUUAUCAGUGGUGCCAACAAUGUAAUACUAGACGAUUUCAACAAGAUUUUUCAAAGUGGACUAGUAAAAAUGAAUUUAUUGAUAGAUUUAUUCAAGAAGCACAAUCAAAUGCUAAAAAUAGUUAUGAAGUUUUAGAAUGGAUACCUUAUAAUAAAUUGUCUAGUAUUGAUUAUUAUGAUAAAGGAGGAUUUAGUGAAAUCCAUAAAGCUAUCUGGUUAGAUGGACCUAUUUAUAGUUGGAAUUUUAAAAAACAACAGUGGAAUAGAGAAAUAGAUUAUGAGGUUAUUCUUAAAAUACUUAAUAAUUCAUCAAGUUUAAAUAGUAAAUUUCUGGAUGAGGUAUAG